CAUUGCAUUUACGAAUUGCGAUUUGCGAAGUCUAAACAAGUUCGAUUCCCACAAAAAUCCUCUUAAAAUUUUAACAAAAUCACAAAAAUACAUCAUUUUCGGUUCAAUUCAAUACUUUUUUAUAAAUCAAAAAAUCGAAAAUGCCUUCUUUAUUGCCACUGGAAUCAAACCCAGAUGUCCUCACUAAGUACAUACACAAGUUGGGUGUGUCGAAAGAUUAUUCUUUUAUCGAUGUGGUCGGUCUGGACCCUGAAAUGCUGGAAUGGAUUCCCAAACCUGUAAAAUCCAUUGUUCUACUUUUCCCUUGUUCCGAAGCCUACGAAAAACAUCGUAUGGAAGAAAAUGAAAAAUUGGCCGGCAAUUUGCCAAAGUUUCCUGAGGAUUUGUUUUACAUGAGACAAUUCACUCAGAAUGCUUGUGGAACAGUUGCUUUGAUUCAUAGCAUUGCAAAUAACAAAGACAUCCCCUUGGAAGAUGGUGUCCUUAAGACUUUCCUUGACGAGUCGAAAUCUCUCGAUCCCGAAGAAAGAGGAAAGGCUUUGGAAAAAGAUUCAACAUUCCAAGAUUGUCAUCAAGAUUUAGCACAAGAAGGUCAAACUGAAGCUGAUCCUGAGGAGAAAGUCAAUCAUCAUUUCAUUGCAUUUAUUCAAAAAGAUGGCGAACUAUAUGAAAUGGAUGGAAGAAAGAACUUUCCAAUCAAGCACGGUUCAACAUCUGAUGAGAAAUUUGUCGAGGAUGCUGCAAAAGUUUGCAAAGAAUUCAUGGCUCGUGAUCCUGAGGAAUUGCGUUUCACUGUAAUGGCACUGGCUCCCACCCAAAAUUAAA